AGGGGGCCGGGUGUUCGCGGCCGCUGUAGCGCCAUGGCGAGGAAACGCAAAGCCUCCAUCCCGGCGGCGACUGCCAGCAAGAAGCGUCCCGGGGGGCCGCGGGAUGAGGUGAAGAAGGAGAAGGAAGAGGAGGAGGAGGAGGAGGAAGAUGAUUUUGAAGAGAAGAAGCCCAGUAUAAAGAAGAACAAACCCAAAGUUCCAGCUACAAAGAAGAAAGAAGACUCUGAUCCUGGAGUUUCCAAGUCAGCAAAUAAACCUUCAAAACAAAAAGGGGUAAAAUUGCUAGCAAAAGAAAAUAAAAAAAUCACAGAAAAUAAAGGAAAUCAUAGCAAAGAGCAAACCUGCAGUGAUUCACUGAAGCCCCCUCAGAGGGAGACAAAGUUGAAGAGAGAAUCUUCUGUUAAAAAGGAGAUGGAUGAAGACAAUACUGACAACGAUGAUGACGAUGAUGAAAGUGAAGAUGAAUGGGAGGAUGUGGAAGAACUCCAGGAACCUGUCACAGAUAAGUUAGAAGAAGCUGCUGUUCAUUCCUCAGUGGCGCUGCCAAGUAAUCCGGUUGAGAUAGAGAUUGAAACGCCAGAACAACGUAAGAAAAGAGAGAGAAGAGAAAAAAGGAAAUCUGAGUUUGAGACCUAUCUUCGGAGAAUGAUGAAACGUUUCAGCAAGGAGGUUCGUGAGGACACGCAUAAGGUUCACCUCUUGUGUUUAUUAGCGAAUGGUUUCUAUAGGAACAGGAUCUGCAGCCAGCCAGAUCUUCAUGCCAUUGGUCUGUCCAUCAUCCCCACACGCUUCACAAAAGUGUCUGCAGGCCAAGUGGACGUUCUCUACCUUUCCAACUUCGUGAAAUGGUUUAUUGGAACCUUCACUGUCAAUGAUGAGCUCUCCAUUGAAAAAGGAGAGCCCCUUCAGUCAACCUUGGAGAGGCGCUUUGCCAUCUAUGCUGCACGAGACGAUGAAGAGUUGGUUCAUAUAUUUUUAAUUAUUCUCCGAGCAUUACAACUACUGUGUCGCCUUGUGCUGUCUCUUCAGCCUGUUCCUCUCAAGGAGACAACAGCAAAGGGAAAAGGCUCAUCCAAGAGGCAGUCACUCAGCAGUACCUCUGAAGGGCGGGAAAGCUCUGGCACAACACCCAAAGCCGUGGCAAAAAAAUGCCCCUGCAAAAAAGCCAAGAAGGAUGAGAAAUCCUCAGGGAGUGAAGAAGACAACAAGGAGCCAGAGAAACCCAGAACUGCUCGGACCAAAAGGACACACAAGUCGAAGCUGACUUCAGGCAGCCAGGAGCAGAAGGAAAUUGGUAAUGAGGAGAGUGGUUUAGGGGAAAAAGAUGUACCUGUCAAGCCCAAGAACAAUCGCAGGAGACGAGUGGCCUCCAAAGUGUGUUACAAAGAAGAGAGUGGAAGUGAUGAGGACAGUGCUUCUGACUUUGAGGUUUCAGAGGAGGAGAGUGAUCUCUCUGAUGAGGAUUUCGUAACUGUAUCUAAAAAACAGAGAAGGUCAUUGGGCUCCCAGAAAUCAAAGCUAACGUCUAUCAAAAGCCCCAAAACUGAGACUUCAGAAUCAAAGCAAUCCAAAAAUUGUUCUGGAGUUGAGCCCAGACCAGCCAAAAGCACGGCUCCAGCAUUGCCUCAUGCACCGAGAAAGAGGAACAAAAUCAUUUCUAGUGAUGAGGAUGAUGGGCAGCAGCUGGUAAGGAAAGUCAUUGGCACAGACCAGUGGCUAGAGGUUUACCUUGAGCGUGAGGACAAGUGGGUGUGUGUGGACUGCGUUCAUGGCAGUGUUGGUCAGCCCCAGCAGUGCUUCAAAUAUUCCACAAAGCCACUUUACUAUGUUGUUGGAUUUGACAACGAUGGGAGCGUCAAGGACGUGACACAAAGAUAUGACCCAGUGUGGAUGACCACAACGAGGAAGAACCGUGUGGACCCUGAGUGGUGGGAGGACACGCUGCAGCCAUAUAGAAGUCCCUUUGUGGAAAGAGACGAGAAGGAGGAAAAGGAGUUUCAAGUUAAGCUUCAAGAUCAACCUCUACCAACAGCAAUUGGAGAGUACAAGAACCACCCUCUUUAUGCACUAAAGAGGCAUCUCUUGAAGUAUCAGGCAAUCUAUCCCGAGUCAGCUGCUAUCCUAGGGUACUGCAGGGGAGAGGCUGUCUACUCCAGAGAUUGUGUACACACGCUCCACUCCAAGGACACUUGGCUAAAGCAGGCUCGAGUAGUGAGGAUUGGAGAAGUACCUUACAAGAUGGUGAAGGGAUAUUCCAACCAGGCAAGGAAGGCACGCCUUGCAGAGCCUGCAAACCGGGACAAAGAGGACCUGGCACUGUUUGGUCGCUGGCAGACAGAGGAGUACCAGCCGCCUAUAGCAGUGGAUGGAAAGGUUCCUCGGAAUGAGUAUGGAAACGUCUAUCUCUUCUUGCCAUCCAUGUUACCAGUUGGCUGUGUGCAGCUCAGACUCCCCAACCUGAACAGAUUGGCACGGAAGCUGGACAUUGACUGUGCUCAAGCAAUCACAGGAUUUGAUUUUCAUGGUGGCUACUCGCACCCAGUUACUGAUGGCUACGUUGUUUGUGAAGAAUAUAAAGAGGUGCUCAUUGCUGCCUGGGAGAAUGAACAAGCAGAAAUAGAAAAGAAGGAGAAGGAGAAGCGUGAGAAGAGAGCUCUGGGGAAUUGGAAGUUGCUGACAAAAGGACUUCUUAUCAGAGAGAGACUGAAGCAACGCUAUUCCAUCAAGACUGAGCCAUCUGCACCUGAGACAGAGAAAGGAGCUGGAUUCUCCUCUGAUGAAGAAGGAGGUCCAAGUUCAGGAACUGCAGGACGGGAUGUGGCAAUUUCUUGGCCCCAAAAUCGCCAGGUAGAGAAGCAGAAGGAAGAGCAGACAACCAAAAAGAGCAAGCGAGAAAAAAAGGGAGAGGCAGCACAGUUGUUUCCUUUUGAGAAACUGUGAUCAAAACAAGCAUUUCUUUACCAUUUCCAGAUGCAAGAACAUAGCUGUCACAUCAAAUGUAUCCUAUGCCAGUUAAGAUCUUCUUCUGUGCACUUGUGUUUCUGAGCUAUCAGGGACCAACCUAAUUCUGCAUCAGGAAUGUCUUUUGCUGUUGUGGAUGAUUAAGUUCAUCCCUUUUUCCUUGAACCUAGGAGAAGCAGAUGCAGAGUUGAACCUUCUAAGAUCUCUAAAUGAAGUUGGUCUCUUUUUGUUCUGUUUUGUAAGUAUCACUUAGCACUGUAAUAAAUCCAUUUUCUGAGGCGUUUCAUUAGCACUAUCUCUUCCCAUUUUUCUCCUUUCCAUUUUACCUACUUGUCCAGAACUAAAGCAUGCAGCUGCUGUUUAACAGUCUGUGGUGAGCUGGCCAAGGCUAAUGUCCUCUUCAGUACUUUCAGUUCAUACUUUACCCAAAUCAGUAGUGAGGUAGAGUUCUAGUCUCACCAUCUGUCUCUUCAUCACAGAGGGGGAAAUACUUCCUCUAAGGUGUAAUGAAACAUGCAAUCAAGAUUUAGAGGAAUCCAAAAAUUUACUUUCUGAAGAACACAUGUGCCUUUUGUGAAAACUCAGCUUUGGCUUUUUAGCCUAUGGUCUUCAGCCUUCCUUUACUUUCAGAAAUCUUGUGCAUUAGAAGGAAGAAGCCCUGUCCUUGUUUCAAACUUAAGGGUAAAUGUGUCAUCUUAAGUCAUUUAAAAUGUAUACGUGUUUCAGUUUUGUUUUAUCAAGACUGUUUGGUAUUGUUCUGGGAAAAAAAUGUGUAAAUCUGACAGUGUUGUCAGAAAAGAAAUUCAGUGAAACCAGGGAGGUUUUUUAAAAUGUUAUCUAGUACUUAAGCUCUUAAAAACCGUUGAGAGGAAUGUUAAAUCUAUACAAGCUUUUCCUGCAGUUUAGAAACAGAACCUCUGAUUUGUCUUUUGCAGUAUCUUUAAAACCAAAUUAAACUGACAGUCUAUAUUUUUAAAGAGAGAAAUAUGGUCUACUUCUGGCUGAAUGCUGUUACAGAGGAAGACUUUAAAAUGCAAGAAAAUGUUUUUCAUUUAAUUAUGUUUCUAAAAAAUCUAUUUUUGUACUGUAUUUGUAGAAUAAAAUAAAGCAUUAAAACAGA